AUGGCCUUCACCACAAACGCCACCAUCGCCGCCUUUGGCGGCCGCCUGCUCAAGCUCACCCACCAAUCCACCACCACCUCGACCCCGAUGAACCUCAACCUCUUCCUCCCCGCCUCCGCCGCCCCGAGCCGCCCGGCCCCGCUGCUCGUCUACCUCUCCGGCCUGACGUGUACCCCCGACAACGUGGCGGAAAAGGGCUUUCUGCUCGCCCACGCCGCGCCCCUCGGCCUCGCCCUGCUCUUCCCGGACACGUCCCCGCGCGGCACCGACCUGCCCGGCGAGCACGACGGGUGGGACUUUGGCAGCGCCGCCUCCUUCUACAUCGACGCCGCCGCCGAGCCCUGGCGCAGCCAUUACCGCAUGGAGACGUAUCUGACCGACGAGCUGCCGCGCCUCCUCUUCGACGCCUUUGCCGAGCUCGACAAGACCCGCGUCUCCAUCGCUGGACACUCCAUGGGCGGCCACGGCGCUCUCACCCUCGCCCUCAAGCAUCCCGGCAUGUACAAGAGCGUCAGCGCCUGGGCCCCGAUUGCGAACCCCUCGCGCUGCCCGUGGGGGGAAAAGGCCUUUAGGGGAUACCUCGGCGACGACCGCGAGGCCUGGAAGAAGCACGAUGCCACCGAGCUGGUCAAGGCUUGGAAAGAUCCCAUCCUCAACUGCCUCAUCGACAUCGGCACGGCCGACGACUUCUACAAGCAGGGCCAGCUGCUGCCCGAAAACUUCGAAAAGGCCGUCAAAGAGGCCGGUAUUGAGGGUGUCAAGGUCCGCUACCAAGAGGGCUACGACCACUCUUACUUCUUCAUCUCCACCUUCGGGGAGGACCACGUCAAGCACGCAGCCAAGGCCCUCGGCCUGUUGUAG